UAACUUUUGAACCAGCAUUCUCUAUGUAAAUAUUAACACACACAACAUGGGAAUGUCCAUCGGCAGCUUUCAAUAACUGUAGUGGAAAUGGAUCUUACCUUUCUCUAAUGCCAGCAGAGGUGACAUCAGAAUAUGUACUUGGGCAGAAAAAGGUUAUUGCUCUCCAUCAGGCUUAUAUCCAGAGCUAUAUAAGAACAAGGACCAUCACUUUCAGUAUGAAAAUGGAGUGGAAGGUGUCAUUUGUAUUUAUGAUUCUGGCAGCAUGCAUGAUUGACUUCAGUUUAUGUCACAUGGAACCAACAAAUACUUUAAAAUCAGUUUUACCAUUGGCAACAAGUGGACAAAAUUCCCACAGUGAUACCAUUUAUGGUAUCAUGUUUGACGCUGGAAGCACUGGUACAAGGAUACACAUAUACAGAUUUAAACAAAGAGCUAGAGGGUCCCAUUUAGAGCUUGAAGGAGAAGUAUUUGAGUCAAUAAAGCCAGGACUAUCUGCUUUUGCUGACCAGCCAAAGAAGGGUGCAGCCACAGUGCGUUUGUUACUGGACUUGGCACAAAAGGAGGUUCCCUCCACUCAGUGGUCACACACUCCCGUUGUUCUAAAAGCAACUGCCGGCCUUCGACUGCUUCCUGAAACUCAGUCAGAUGCUCUAUUGUCAGAGGUAAGAGAAGUAUUUCGUGAAUCACCAUUCCUGGUUCCAGAGAACAGUGUCAGCAUCAUAAAUGGAGCAGAUGAAGGAAUUUUUGCUUGGAUUACAGUGAACUUUUUAACAGGUCGGUUGCACAGUCAUCGAACUGUUGGAAUUUUGGAUUUGGGGGGCGGAUCCACUCAGAUCACCUUCCUGCCUUUAACCAAGAAUACACUGGAUCAGACACCACACGACUUCCUUGCCUCUGUUGAGCUGUUUAACAGCACAUACCGGCUUUAUACUCACAGCUAUUUGGGACUUGGACUGAAAUUGGCUCGACUUGCAGUGCUUGGAGUGUCUGAAGAUAAUGACCAACAGAAGCAGUUCUUUCACAGUAACUGUUUCCUUCAUGGAGUAAAAGGAGAAUGGAGUUUUGCUGGUGUUACUUUAAAAUAUGAAAAGAAAUCUGAUGGGCAAAGCGGGUUUGAUGCAUGCUACUCUGAGAUUCUGCCAAUCAUACAGGAUAAACUUCAUCAGGUCCCUGAAAUGCAACAUAGCCCAUUUUAUGCCUUUUCCUAUUAUUAUGACCGUGCUGCAGAUGCAAAUUUAAUUGAUCACAUGCAUGGCGGUGUCCUUCAAGUUUAUGAUUUUGCUAAAAGUGCUAAAGAAGUUUGUGAGCGCACAGAACAGUCCCCCACCCACAGCCACUUCUUGUGUAUGGAUCUUACAUUCAUUACUGCAUUACUUAAAGAAGGCUUUGGAUUUGAGGAUAACACUUCGCUGCAGUUAACCAAGAAGAUGUAUGAUGUGGAAAUGAGCUGGACCUUAGGAGCUAUAUUUCAUGUCCUACAAUCCUUGCACCAACAAAAGUAGUUCUGUAUCAGUCCUCUAAACAUUUUUAAACCCUAUUUAUAAGUCGCAAAAGUGUCUGACUUUAGUAUUAAACCCAAUUUCAGCUCGUUUCUUGGGUGCAGCACAUACAUAUUUCAGUUCAGUACAUUUUCAUGGUAGGGCGUGCAUUUUGUAUGUGGUUGUUAUAUGUUUUUACUUAAAACAUACCGUAUUUAAAUGUUGCCUUUAGGCUUGUGCCUAAACCCAUGCCUGAAAGUACAUUACCCUAAGCAUGUAAGUUAAUAAGCAUACUCCGUAUGUACAGUAUUUACUUUAUUAUACAAAUAUAAGAUAAUAAAUUAUAUUCUAUCCCUACUUACAAGCCACAGAAUAAAAAAAAGUCAAAGUUAAUUUCAGGGUUAACUACCCUUUUAACAUUAUGAAUAUGCUAAGGAAAAAAAUAGAGGAUCAUUCCCACGGCACUGUGGAAUGGGCCUUUAAUGUGACUUUUUGUACAACCGAAGUCUGAGAAGCUACAGGCAACGAUUAACAAGCAAAAUAAAAACAAAAAAA